AUGCCACGGCCUAAGAACACACCUGUUACAAUUGUGACGCCUCCAGAAGUUUCGACCGGAGAAUCAGAUGAACCAUGUCCGUGCGGCCGUCCUGAUGAAGCAGAAACCAACAUGGUGCAAUGCGAACGCUGCUAUCGCUAUUAUCAUUUUACGUGUGCCAACGUAACCGCAAGCAUAGCAGCAGAGGAUCGUCAGUUCGUAUGUGUGGCCUGCAUACCUGUCGUGGAACCAGUUCCUAGUGUGGCUAGUUCUAAAUCCGGAAGGUCUACAACUGCAAGUGCUAAAGCAAGAGCUGAGCUUGAACUACAACGUCUAGAGGAAGAAAAGGAGAUGGAGAGAAAGUAUAUUGCCAAAAAAUACAAUAUUCUCCACACGCAGCUGGAUGAGGAAGAGGAAGGGAGUGUAAGAAGUCGUCGAUCGCGGCGCAGUACGCAAAGGAUGCAAGAUUGGGUAAUGAGCCAAUCAGUCCCGACUACGAGUGCCAGUACCGGGUCACAACAAAUCCCCACUGGUGUUCCGUCCCGGACCGGAGCCAUACCGAAACAAACUCCUUCAGUACUAGCUUCGCAAAAGUUGACCACUUCAUCUAAUCCCAAUGUGCAUGCAGUGCAGUUGCAAUCUACCGUGUCGAAUGCUGUUGUUCCAAUCAGAAGCCGGCCGCUAAUUCCUCAGAACGCGAAUAUGUUGCCCUCUAGCGCUGCUAGCGAUAGUGCUCUGCUAAGUGAAGCUGCAGGAGGCGCAAAUGCUAAUCCGUUAUCCCUGAUGAAUGUUUCCGUUUCGCCAUUACAAAAUUUCGAUCAGUCGGUACAGCAGCUGUACGAGUUUGAAAGGAGGAUGGAUGCACUGCAGCUGCAAUUGACUAACAAAUCGCCAAGUGAACAUCAGCAGCAACCUAAGUCAAAUCCGUUACACUCCAAUAAAGUGCCAGAUGGACAAUGUACCGAAUCCGUUGCGGAAUCCAAUCAUGCAAAUAGGGUAUCGCAAUACGAAGUUCCAAAAGAUAAUGGCAACGUACCUGUUAGCAGUUCGGUAAGUCAAACGUGCUCUAGCUCAAUGAAUGUUACCACUUGCUGUGGACAAAUAAACACGACAAGCUUGUCCAUAUUCGAUACAACACCGCCUUAUACACGGCCAGUUGUUUCAGUAUAUCAAAAUAUACCCCACACCUCGACCGGACCGCGUCCAACCCCUUCUUGCUUACCAUUCGUUCCGUCGCACAUGAGUACCCCUCAGCAUGUCACGCCGCCCCCCUUUGUAUGCACGGUAUCAUCUCAUUUGUCACCAAUUGUUUCACCAAUCGUACCAGAAUCUGGUGCAAACCACGUCGGCCCUCCCGCUACCGUCUCCAGACAGCUGUUUAGUGUUCCCAAUGCCCAACAACUCGCCGCCAGACACGUCGUUCCCAAAGAUCUUCCUAUCUUUACGGGCGAUCCAGUCGAGUGGCCAUUGUUCUUGAGCAGCUUGCAGAAUUCAACAGAGUUGUGCGGAUAUUCAGAUGGAGAAAAUCUAAUGCGGCUCCAACGUUGUCUAAAAGGAAACGCCCUGGAAGCAGUUCGGAGUUACUUACUGCACCCAUCGUCAAUGCCUUUAAUCAUCGAUACACUAAGAACAUUAUACGGGCGACCUGAUUUGAUAAUCGGUUCGCUGCUAGCGAAAGUGCGUUCUACUCCUACACCAAAACCCGAGUGCCUGGAUACCAUUAUCAGCUUUGGACUGGCUUGCAAGAAUCUAUGCGGUCAUCUCCGUGCAGCUGGUCUUCACAAUCACCAAUCAAAUCCUAUUCUCUUACAAGAGUUAGUAAAUAAACUGCCCGCGAAUAUAAAACUAAAUUGGGCACUUUUCAAGCGGCAGCAGCCGGUUGUUGAUCUCGCUACGUUCGGCAACUUUAUGGAUGAAAUCGUGACGGCGGCCAGUGAUGUUUCAUGCGUUUACGAAGCCGAAGGGUAUCGCGCUAACAAGCAGGAGAAAAAUAAAUCCAGAGAGAAGAUGUACGUUAACACACAUGCAGCGAAUGAUACGAAGGAAAAGCCGAAUAAUAUCCGCAAAGAAAUUCAACCGAAGCCCUGUCCGGUUUGUCACAACGAAGGCCAUAAAGUGAGAGACUGCUACACUUUUCGAAACAAGAGCUUGAGUGACCGCUGGAAACUGGCUCAAGAGCGACAUUUAUGCCGUCGAUGUUUGGUAUCUCAUGGAAAAUUUCCGUGUAAAGCCACUGUAUGUGGUGAAAAUGGUUGUGAGGAACGUCAUCACAGACUUCUUCAUCCUGGAAAACCCCCUGUUUCUGAAGCUCCAAAGACGACCAGUACUGUAACUGUACAUCGUCAGCUCCAACAAACCGUCAUGUUUCGGAUACUACCUGUUACCCUGCAUGGAAACGGUAAAGCUAUCAAGACUUAUGCCUUUCUGGACGAUGGGUCGUCCACGACGUUAGUUGAAUCUCAAAUCGCAAACGAAUUGGGAAUAAAAGGUGACGUGCAUCCGCUUUGUUUACAAUGGACCAAUGACAUUGCACGCACGGAGGAUGAUUCACAAUUGGUCAAUCUAGAAAUUUCCGCUGCAGGCCAUCUGAAACGGCAUGCUCUGAAAAUGGUCCAUACUGUUAAAAAUUUAAACUUGCCGGCUCAAUCGUUAGACUAUUCGUUGAUUAGCGAUCAGUUUCCCUAUCUGAGUGGGCUGCCAGUGGAAAGUUAUGAAUCGGUAACACCUACUAUUUUAAUUGGACUCGACAAUUCUCAUUUGAAAACCGCCCUGAAACAUCGUGAAGGCUCCAGUAAUGAACCAAUCGCUACUAAAACACGCUUGGGGUGGACGAUAUUUGGAGCGAUAAUGGCUAAAACUAACAAUAAGGCCCAGCACCAGCUUCACAUCUGUGCCCGUUCGCCUGAUACAGAGCUGCAUGAACUGGUAAAAGAGUUUUUCUCUUCGGAAAAUGUAGGUACAACUAUUUUACCGAAAACGGAAAGCGAUGACGACUUACGUGCCCGCGCCAUACUUGAAAGUACUACAGUUCGAACCGCUUCGGGAAGAUUUCAGACCGGGCUGCUCUGGAAAUACGAUAAUGUGAAAUUUCCAAACAGCAGACCCAUGGCAGAGAAAAGAUUCCAGUGCCUUGAACGUCGUUUGGCUUCCAAACCAGAGUUGUAUAUGAAGGUACGUGAGCAGGUGAAAGAGUAUCUGUCUAAGGGAUACGCUUACAGAGCUAGCAAAGUGGAUUUCGAUUCUUUAAGUAACAAUCGGAUGUGGUUUCUGCCUCUAAACGUCGUGAUUAAUCCAAAAAAGCAUAACAAGGUGCGGUUGGUGUGGGAUGCUGCUGCUAAGGUCCAGGGUCAGUCGUUGAACUCUGCCUUGUUGUCAGGUCCCGACCUUCUUACACCACUUCCAGCAGUUCUGAGUCCCUUUAGACAGUUCCAGGUGGCUAUAGCUGCAGAUAUUUCCGAAAUGUUCCACCAAAUUAUCAUUCGACCGGAAGAUCGUUCGGCGCAGUUAUUUUUGUGGAGGGAUUAUCCAUCGCAGGCAUUUGAUGUCUUCAUCAUGAAAGUGGCAACGUUCGGCUCAACCUGUUCACCUUCUGCUGCGCAGUACAUCAAAAAUCUAAACGCCGAGGAGUUUUCUAAAGAGUACCCCCGUGCAGCCGAAGCAAUCAGGAAACAUCACUAUGUGGACGAUUUUUUGUAUAGUGUGGACACGACGGAGGAGGCAAUUCAGCUUGCGCAACAAGUAAGGGAAGUACACUCCAAGGCGGGGUUUUAUAUCCGUAAUUGGCUCUCAAAUUCAAGCGACGUUCUCACACGGGUCGGGGAAAACAGCGUGGAAACUUCGAAGUGCUUUGCGGUUGACAAGUCUGUGUGCAGUGAGCGUGUUCUCGGUAUGAUUUGGAACCCAACUACGGAUCUGUUUGUAUUUCAAGGCCUGUUUUCUGAGGAUAUGCUGCCGUUGAUCCAGUGUGCUGAGGUUCCUACCAAGCGACAAGCUCUGCGGGUUGUCAUGAGCAUAUUUGACCCUUUAGGGCUGGUAGCGGUGUUCGUGAUACAUGGAAAAAUUUUGAUUCAAAAUAUCUGGCGUUCGAAGAUCGACUGGGAUGAGCGAAUAUCUGGCGAACUCUUUAGUCACUGGGAGCGAUGGACAAAUCUGUUGCGGCAACUGGAGCAGAUUCAAAUACCUCGCUGUUACUUUCCUGGCAGUUCAGUGGAAGCAUACCAUACAAUUCAAUGCUACCAUUCCUUUGUGGAUGCUAGUGAGGAGGCCUUCGCAGCGGUAGCAUAUCUUAGAAUCGUCGAGAAUGAAACGGUUCGUUGCGCUCUUGUAUCAGCAAAGACAAAAGUCGCUCCACUAAAACCCAUGUCCAUUCCCAGACUUGAGCUAAGUGCAGCAGUUUUCGGGGCGAAACUGGCCAAGGCAGUUGCGGAGAAUCACACUCUAACCAUAAAUCGCCGUGUUUUUUGGAGCGAUUCCCGUACGGUGCUUUCCUGGCUGCGGUCAGACCAAAGAAAAUAUCGACAAUUUGUUGCCUUUAAGGUGACAGAAAUUCUUGAGCUUUCUGAUGUCAAUGAGUGGCGGUGGGUUUCUUCUCGCUUAAACGUCGCAGAUGAAGCAACAAAGUGGGGAAAGGGACCAUGCAUCAACAACGACAGUCGCUGGUUCCAUGCGCCAAGUUUUCUGUAUCAGCCGGCUAGCCUUUGGCCACAACAAGAUCAACGUGAUAGUGAGACAGUAGAAGAGCUUCGCCCAGUUCACAUUCAUAGGCAAAUUGCUGUGGACCAGUUAAUUUCGUUUGGUCGGUUUUCUAAAUGGGAGCGCAUGGUGAGAACUAUAGCCUACGUAUUUCGAUUCGUCAGGAAGCUUCAACGCAGAGUCAAGAACCAGAGUGUGGAUAGCCAGGAAUGGUUUAGUCAAGAGGAGAUUAAAACGGCAGAGUCAAUGGCUUUCAAGCAAAUCCAGCAAGAAGCGUAUGCAGAUGAAAUCGUCAUAUUCACCAAGAACCAGCAGCUCAAAGUGGAGCAACGACUAAAACUGGAGAAAACCAGCCAGCUUCGCAAAUUAUCUCCGUUUCUGGAUAAGCAAGGAGUUCUUCGGAUGGACAGCAGGGCGUCUGUUACCACGCAAGUAGCGACGGACUUCAAGGCUCCAGUGAUUCUUCCGAAAACCCAUUACGGAACUCAGCUGUUAGUAAACUGGUACCACCGUAAAUACAAUCAUCGUGUUGCGGAGACUGCUGUGAAUGAAAUGCGCCAGAGAUUCUAUGUUUCGGAGAUGAGAGCGGUUUUUCGAAAGGUUGGCAAACUCUGUCAAUGGUGCAAGGUGUAUAAGGCAGUUCCUGCGGCUCCCAGAAUGGCACCACUACCUGAGGAGAGGAUGACAGCAUUCGUUCGCCCGUUUUCUUUCGUUGGGGUCGACUACUUCGGACCAAUGAUAAUCAAACAAGGGCGCAAUAACGUGAAACGAUGGGUAGCAAUAUUUACUUGCUUGACCGUUCGCGCCGUACAUCUUGAGCUGGCCUACAGCUUAUCUACCGAAUCUUGCAAACAGGCGAUUCGGAGGUUUAUUGCGCGGAGGGGGGCUCCAGCUAAAAUAUUUAGUGACCAGGGUACAAACUUCAUCGGGGCAAGUAAUGAGCUGAAAAGGGAGCUACAGCAGAUUUAUCCCAAUCUAGCGUCAACGUUUACUAAUGCAAAUACGCAAUGGCAUUUCAACCCACCGUCUUCGCCACAUAUGGGGGGAUGUUGGGAACGCAUGGUUCGGUCGGUAAAGAGUGCUUUAGCUUCGUUAUCCACGGUACGAAAGCCAGAUGAUGAAACGUUUUGGACACUGCUGAUCGAGGCGGAAUCGAUCGUAAACUCUAGGCCGCUUACUUACCUGCCAAUAGAAUCCGAGACACAUGAAGCGUUGACACCGAACUGCUUCCUGAUGCUUAGUACCAGCGGGGUAAACCAACCAGCUAGGCCACUGAUUGACGGAAAAUUGGGACCUUGUUCUAACUGGAAGGUUUGUCAGCAACUUUUGGAUCAGUUCUGGAGUCGUUGGGUAAAAGAGUACCUUCCCACGAUUACCAAACGUACAAAAUGGUUUCAAGAUUGCAAACCAGUACAGGUAGAUGAUCUCGUCGUAGUGGUAGAAGAGAACCAGCGCAACGGGUGGCUACGGGGACGAGUUAUUCGUGUGUUCCCAGGUCGUGACGGUCGUGUACGCAGUGCAGAGGUGCAAACAGCAACUGGGAUAGUACAUCGCCCAGUGAUCAAGUUAGCGGUUCUGGAAGUAGCAGGUACAGCUGGAGUGAACACGCAGCAAUACGGGUCAGGGGAUAUUCCGAACGGCAUCGAGCAGAAGUUGUCAGCGGGACCGAAAGGGUUGAAUACGCUACAGGUGACCGAGCACUAG